AUGGCCAAGAGCAAGAAGUCCAAGACGGGUGCACGUUCGAAGCCAAAGACCGGCUGGGGUGAGCCUGCGCGCGCUGAAUUGCAUGCAAAGCCUGUUGAGAAGGCCAUAGCUGCUUCCUCAGAAACUGGUCAGACAUCUGUUGCGAAGCAGUACCUUGGCAAUGAGUCUUUGGAGGCGACCACCGAGACAACAUCGGGCCAGCUCGAUGGUGCUGAUGAACAGCUGAAUGUAUAUGACGGCGACGUUGAAGACGGUACCGAAGCUGCACAGCAGAUGGUCGACACGCCCGUCUCUGCUGAGCAAGAUUUGAAGCUCGCAUCCGACGAAUCAUAUGAGCUUGAUGAUGAGGAGCCAGCUGCCAAUGGAGAGCAUGACAGUGAGGAUGAAGAUUUGCCAAUCUCUUCUUCAAUUCCACGGCUCGUUCCGGCUAGCAGACAUCGAGCCAAAGCCCUCCGCGAAGGAACAGAGACCAUCCGCCCCCACCCGUCAGAUGCGGCCAAAGUCAUCGUGACGUACCACUACAAGGACCCAGCUGGAGGAGUCUAUACCCAGGAUACAGUGCUGCCAGAGGUAAUUCCAGCCCCCGCCGACGCAUCAAACGAGCCUGGCAGUCUCAUUUUCCCAGACGUGGGGACCUCCAAGGUCCCAAGGACGAGGAAAGGAUCGCCGUGGACGCGUGUGCCGGGACAGUCCCGGUACGAGUGGACUCGCGGCGAGGGCGAUCAGAAAGAGAUGUGGCGCAUCAACAUCUUUUUCCGUCGCCUCCGCCGAGACACUUUUGAAUUCGAAGACAUCUAUGUCAACACGAAGAUCCUCGAGACGGUCGACCCCAACAACAAAAGGUUUCGCACGUCCUACAACAAGUGGGUCUUGCAGUUUGCGCGUCGUCGCGAUGCGACCUACACACAAAAGGUCGUGAGAGUCCACUGGAGUGUUCCAGAGCGUCGCGCCCUCUACGCCGGCAUAAACACUUUCUGUGCCAAGUUCGGCAUCCACCGCUUCGGCUUCACAGAGGACUGUAAGCUGUCCACCAGGCAGCUGCAGCUCCUUGCCGACGCCGUCAACGCCACGCAGAACCCCCUGCGCCUGGUGCCACGUGGUGUGGAUGCCGUCCGCGGCCAGAUCGUGUCCGCCCAUGACAGGGCGGCGCCCAAGAACAAGGCCGUGUUCGAGCUGCUGGUCACUGCCGACAAGCUCCGUGCCCGGAUCGCCGCCGGCGAAGUGCUCCCGCGGGCGGAGCGCAAGCCAAAGGCGGCGAUCCCGCUCGAGGACUUCCCGGUGGAGGUUCCCGUGGCGGCUCGUAGUGUCGCGGAUCGCGACAGCAGGAAGCGGAAGCGGACUGCUGCCGUUGAGAGCGAUACGGAGCCGUCGAGCUCUGAGCUGUCGGAGCCGCCGGAGUCGGAGGUGGGUGAGGACGAUGUGGCGGAGAGGGACGGGUGGAUGACCACCGAAGAGGAGAUCCUGGAGGGGGAGAGUGAGGAGGGGAACUGGUCAGACACCAGUGAGGAGGUGGUGGACGGGGAGGAGUGGGAGGAGGCGGAGGCUGAAGAAGCUGGGGCGCCACCAGCGAAGAAAGCCCGCACCGCAUAG